AUGUUCUAUCAGGGGAGCCUGCAAGAGGGUAUCUCCACGGCGGUGGGCCAGCAGAAGCUCGUCCUCUGCUUCGUGACAAAUGAAAAUGAGGAGAGUCAGACGUGGGAGAAUGAAUAUCUACAAGACAGCUCGACGCAAGCGGUCGCCCUGCGGCUCAUCGCAGAGUCGGAAGAGGCGGGAUACCUGUCGCAAAUCUUCCCACUGCCCAAGACGCCAACCGUCGUCAUCAUGAAGCACGGCGAGCUCAAGGAAUACAUUGCCGCCGGCACCCCCAAAGACGACUUCCUCCGUCGAAUCCUCGUGGCCUUCAACGCCGCUCCUCCCGCGACCUCGGCCGCAUCCUCAUCAGCCUCACCGUCAGCUUCACCGACAAGGUUGGCUGCCCCUCCACAGCCACAGUCCCCAUCACGACCAGAGGCCCAGCUUCAGGCUCAGGUCGAGGCCGUGGGCGCCGCUCCACAAGAAGUAGUGGUCAGCCAGGUCAACCAGAUCGACCACCUCCUAGCCGACAGGGCGGCCAAGCUCAAGGCACAGAAAGAGGAGGCCGAGAAGAGAGCCAAGGAGGAGCGGGCCAAGGCCAAGGAAAAGGCCAAGGCAGAGGCACAGGCAGCUGCAAACACGGACGGAGCCAGAGUCUACGAGCAAGCAGAACAGCUCAAGAAGAGGCGACAAUCGGAGCUCGAGGAGCGCCGACGCAUCCUGAAGCGGAUAGAGGAUGACCGAGAGGAAAGACGCCUGCGGGCGUCGCAAAAGGAGCAGCAGAGGAUUGAAGGCCGAAGGGCGAGCGACGCUGCUGCUGCCUCUACCAGCACGUUGCAGAGCAAGCUGCCGUCUGCAAGCACUAGGAAGGUGUCUGAGAUGGCAUCGAUCCAGGUCCGACUCUUUGACGGCUCAACCAUACGGUCGCGGUUCAAGACGGGGGAUCCUCUGACGGUAGUCAGGAAGUGGGUGGACGAGACCCGAGGCGAGAGCAGAGGCCCGUACACCUUCAAGCAGGUCCUGACGCCGCUGCCCAACAAGAACAUUGACGCGACGGAGGAAAGCAAGUCGAUUGGCGAGCUGGGCCUGAUCCCGUCUUCCACGCUGGUCCUCAUCCCCGUCCAAAAGUAUUCGUCGGCUUAUCGCGCCGAGGAUCAACAGGCAUCGCCCUGGUCGAGGUUCCUCGCGCUGAUUCUAGGCUUCUUCACCUGGCUCCUGGGCUUGGACAGCAGGGCGCCGGAUGCGACGGCCAGGACCGCGUCUGAGGAGAGGAAUCGUCGGGUGCGAGGUUUACAGAACUUGCAGCGCGAUCACCAGCUGUACAACGGUAACUCGCUGAAUUUUGAGCCGCGGCCAGACGAGGACGACGACGAGACAUGA